ACGGCUUCGCGCGAUACAAAGCGAUAAGGAUUGAGCAGCACAUCGAUAUCGUAGCCCCAAACUGCCAUUGCAAGCCGUCACCGAGGGCAAUUGGCCCUGAUCCCGUUCGCGUUCGCCAACAUUUCGGUUCCAUCAGCUUUGGACAAAGACGUACAUUGCAGCGUGCCAACCAUCAACCAUCGCGAAAAUGGCAUCACACAGACGGUGCGGUCAAGUUUUUCCGAUCCUCAUCGUGCUCGCCCUUGCCGUGACACUGCAGACACCCUGCUUGGCGUCCGAAUCUCGCAUCGUGGGUGGAGUAGCGGUCGACGGAUCAUCCACCAAACACCAGGUUUCGGUACGGGCGCGAUCGGCCGACCAGAUCCAGUUCGGCCGGGGACACAUCUGCGGUGGAAGCCUGAUAAACUUGGGCACGGUGCUCACUGCUGCGCAUUGUCUGGUGGAUGACUUUGAUCGGGCGCGUGCCGCCACCUACUUCCGCGUCGUCGGUGGUGGAAUCAACCGAACCGUCCAGACGGCGAACACGGUCGUGCGGGACGUGAGGCAGGUCGUGGUGCACGCUAACUACGUCUCGCGCGGAUUCCUCAAUGACGUAGGCCUGCUGAUGCUAGCUUCGAAUGUCCCGAGCGGGCAUCCGACACUGCAGCCGAUUGCGAUGACCACGCAGGUCCCAGCUAAUAAUACGCGCUGCCAAACGAGCGGCUGGGGGAGCACCUACUACAAUGGACCCUCGAGUGAUGUGCUGCUGGCGGUCAACAUAUCCAUCAUAGCGAAGGCGACCUGCAACGCGUUGAGCAGCUACGCCGGUUCGAUCGGAAAUGGCAUGCUGUGUGCCGGUGACAUGAACGGCGGCUUGGACGCAUGCCAGGGCGACUCGGGUGGCCCGCUCGUCUGCAACGGGCUGCUGGUCGGCGUGGUGUCGCAUGGAGUCGAGUGUGCACGGGCCCGGUACCCGGGUGUGUACGCGGAUGUGGCCUACUACCGCACCUGGGUCGGGCUGAAUCACAGCGCCGUCACGCCGCGUCCCCCGGGAGGGAACGGCCGUGGUCCGCCGCUGCUGACGGGCAGCCUGUCUCUCCUGCUCACCGUCGUCGGAUUUACGUUGCACCAGCAGUUUUCACAGCAAUAAACGAAGCCGUGAAUGCACUGCCAU